AUGCUCUUCACCAACACCUUCCUCCUCGGGACCGCUGCCGUCGCCUCGGCCGUCAACGUUGCCCGCGAGCUCACGUUCCCCAUCGACGUCCUCCCGGACACUUGCAACUCGUCGUGCGCGACCUACAAGGACGUCUUCAACAAGUGCCCUACCGACGGUUCGUCUGCUCUGUGCCAGAGCGUCUGCAACGCGACCAUCCUCACCAACCUCCAGAUCUGCAUCAACUGCACCCUCUCCGAGGGCCCGUCGCACAACGUCACUCAGUUCCAGGUUGACGUCCUCAACGCAGCCCAGCAGAACCUCGCGCAGGAGUGCGUCAACGAGCAGUACCCGGCGACGUUUACCGGCUCGUUUGUCAGGCCCACCACGGUUGCCUACCCCGCGGGUGUCGACCAGGCCACGUUUGUGGGCGCCAACGCCACCGCUCCCCCGACUGCCUCGGCUACCGCCUCGGUGAGUGCUAUCCACGCCUCGCAGCCUACUGACUAUGACCAGCACAACUCGUCGUCCAACUCUUCGGGCACGACCUCGGCGAUCACUCCCCCCGCUACUUCCAAGCCCGCUGGCGCCGCCACGUCGCUCUCGGCCGGCUCGGCGGUCGUUGCUGUCGUGGCGCUGGCUGCCGCUAUGGCCCUCUAA